GACUAGUUUUCACAAGCACUCUGUUGUGGUACUGUACUGUCAUGACUACGUCGUGGGUUUUACAGUGCAAGGACUUAUCUAACACUGAUUUGGUUCAUAUCGCCAAACUUGCUGAGCAGGCUGAACGAUAUGAUGACAUGGCGGCAGCUAUGAAGCGGUAUACCGAGGCUUCGGGGAAUUUAGGGAACGAAGAACGGAAUUUACUGUCGGUGGCAUAUAAAAAUGUUGUGGGUGCUAGAAGAUCAGCAUGGAGAGUGAUACAUGGAAGUGAGAUGAAAGCGGUAAAUGACUGUACCAAGAAACAAAUAGCAGAAGAGUACCGUAUUAAAAUGGAAAAGGAGUUGAACACUAUUUGUAAUCAAGUUUUGGCUCUACUUGAGGAUUAUCUGCUUCCAAAUGCAAGUCCCGAUGACAGCAAAGUUUUCUUUCUGAAAAUGCAAGGUGACUACUACCGGUAUCUCGCUGAGGUUGCCACUGAUGAUGCUCGAACAGAAGUGGUACAGAAAUCAUUGGAUGCCUACACGAAAGCUACUACGGCUGCCGAAAAUUUGCCUACCACUCAUCCUAUCCGUCUUGGUUUAGCUCUUAACUUCUCUGUGUUUUAUUACGAAAUACAAAAUAAUUCUGCUAAGGCGUGCGAUUUAGCUAAAUGCGCCUUCGAUUCAGCAAUAGCAGAACUAGAUCAGCUUCAAGAUGAUUCCUACAAAGACAGCACACUAAUUAUGCAGCUUCUAAGAGACAAUUUGACGGUAAGAUUUCUAUUAGUUUUUCUAAUAUGACUAAUUAGUUGUGGGCCAGUGACCAAACAGCUGAGGGAGAUGUUGAAAACGACGGCUAAACUCUGUUCUGUAAUAUUUAUUAUAGCCCUCAUGUCAUACAAGAUCUAUGUCAAUUUUCUGAUUGUUUACCGUUAUUUUGUACUUACUGAUGGGAGUUACGGUUCUUUGGUGUAAGUUUCUCAUGAGUUAUUAUGUAAAACCGUGUAUCACAGUUUACUGAUGACAUUUAGGGUUGCACAGAUUGAUCAGUUACUAGUCAGUGUUAAAAGGAUCGUAAAACAUAAAGCUUGGAGCAGGCUAUUCGUGAGUUAGUUGGAUGUUCGAGAAUUAUGAGUAAAAUAAAGGAUAGGAAGCAACUUAGAACUAACAGGCUUCCACUACUUUCCUUCUCCGUGGUUUUAGCAUGUGCAUGUCAAUUCGUGGACUUAUUUAUGAUGAACACCGAAUUCUGUUGCGUGUAGAUUUCUGGCUUGAUUUUCUUAGCUGGUUUGCCUUCCCCUACAGAUAGCCAUAAGGUCUACUGUCUGGAAGGUCCUGACUACAGUUGACUGUGUUCGGGACAGGACCAGUAUCGACCUCACGUUUUUUUGGAGGACUUCCUAAGGUAACACAUGGAUUUAGGCGUUUAUGUAUAGAGUGCAUCUUGUGCUACCAAGAUAACUUGAGGUAAUAAACUGCAUGCAUUGUGUUGACGUAAAGAGACAGUUUAUCAUUAAGCACCUUCGUAUCAGUUUAAGAACCUCACAGAGUAGGUUUUUUUGGUUUCGGACUUUGUCUGUUGUGGAAGUAGCAUUGGAGAAAAGCAGAACAGUCAUUGACAUCUACACUGGGCGACUUGGGGUCCGGGUGAUUGUCGUAUCCAGUGGUCAGGAACUUUGACGACAGUUAAAAGUCGUUUGUAGUGUUAUGCUUGCAUUCACGUUAUCCUAUUCUAUGUUCUAAGCUUCUGGAUUUCCCAUACAUUAUUUCCAGCAUAGAUUUUCUUGAGUCGUGUCUUGGAUGUCUAGUCUGUUAUUGCUUUUAAUACUGCUACUACAUCUACUUUCGGAUUUGCCCUAUCAACUCAUGCUGUGCUAAAGAUUUAUGAUACUGAUGUACAUACGUACUAGUAUUUUGCGCUUGGGUGAUAGACAUCCUAGUUGAUUUGGACAUUCGUGUCCUAGAAAUCCUUAUUACAAUAUUGCCUAUAAACUCUAUUUUUUCCCAAUGAACCUGAAACGAUGACCAUUCUAAUUGAGUAUUCGCCGCGCUCCCUCUAACUCAUUAUUAGUGUUGCUAGUGCAAAUUCAUUCAACCGUAAGAGUAGAACGUAGAAUAAGUUUAUUUUCUGACUCAAAGCCACCUAACUCGAAGAAUGCUUAGUAGUGACGGCAGUUUUUGUAAUGCCACGAUGGAUAGCUGUGUGGUGGUAAACUGAAAUUCGAUCGAUUUCCAGGAGUCUUUGUGUGCGUGUUGAGGAGUUCUUUUGCGUUUUGUGGUUAGUGACAGGUCUGGUGUCCGGGGGCUUAUAUUAGUGGCUUUGAAUGGUCCUAGGGUCGUUUCUAGUGGCACAGUUACAUUUUCUACCUGUCACUUCGAACCCAAGUUCUCUGUAUCACUUUUUUCUGUUUCUUGCCUAAUAUUGAAACUGUUACUACCCCUACUACUCUGGGAUUUUUCUCGGUAAUUUUAUCUGGCUGUGCUAACCUGGUUUGUUAACACUAAGUGUUGGAAACUUGUGUCAGGUUGUAAAUACCUACUUGUAGCCAGCAAAACCGAAGCAACAUCUAACUUUCCUGGAGCACUGAAUGAUUGAAUGAGUACAGGUUUCCCAUGAAUUAGUAAGUGAGUUUAGGGCGGUCCAUCGGCCUUUAUGUAAGUUACUAAAGAACCUAGAUGAUGUACAGAGUAACUACGACUACUUGCUGUUUGACCUGUCCGGAAGCUACAUGGUUUCUUGGGAGUCGUCCCUAACUUUGCUAUUCUACAGCAUAGAUGGGCUACUUACAAAAGUGAUCACGAACACUUCGUCCUUCACCUGGAAUCAAGCAGUUAUUCGAAGCUAUAAAGGACAAGCUAAACACAUAAGCAGUACCAGCAGUUAUGACUGACCAGACGCAUUUAGCCGUACUAAAUGAAGAGAAUAAAAAAUUGGAAGCACUGACCACUCCCAAACACUACACUGCAUGCAAACGGCGACUAUUGUCGUUCUACUUAGAUGUGAAACACUCAAUAGAUUUUAGGAGAAAGUAGCUUGACGGUACUUACUGCCUGCGAAUUGUUAUCGGAGGCUUUAAAGAUUCAUGAUAAAUAGGGUCCGCGCGAAAUACACCAGAUUGAGUUCAUUUCACAAUUCUUAAUAAAAGGUAUGUAAAAGGUGAUAAAAACCACAUUAGGCUCACCAAUUUUGAUAGGCCAUCUGACUCAAUAAUAUUAGUCCCCUACAUAUGUAUCACGGAUUAAUCUCCUACAUAAUCUAAGACGUCACGUAUUCACAACGCGGGAUUGAAAGUCAGAUGCGAAAUUUUAGGAAUAUCAUGUAGGUCACUAACAUAGAUGAUCUGAGCUGAAUGAGUAGGGGCGUACUGGAGUAAGGAGGGAGUAGUGUGACGAAACAGGUAACUCCGAAGUUGCACUUAACGUGGAUUGCUGUUUCAUCGUACCACGGUACUAUGGCUGCUCUGAAGACUGUGUAACGCAAUGGACGUUAUUAGAGGAGUAUAUUGGAAAGAGUAGGUAGAGGAAUAAAGUGCGACUAUCACCGCAUUGGCUAGUCCAUUGCGUGUAAUCAACUGAUGCGUGUUGGCUGUCUCUGGACUUGAGGAGGAUCGGUGAACUUUCAGGCAUUUAGUAACACGACCGCCGGGUGAUUUGGUAAGGGUCCAGUGACAUUUCAUUUGCUCUACACGUGUGUCAAACAAAUGUAUUGCGAGACCGAGAGAGUAAGUAUUCGAACUGAGUUGGGAAAUUAGCAUACCACCCGAUUCGGUGAGUAGGCUUAUGCCUUAGUUGUAUAUAGUCCAAGUAGAC